AGAUGCCAAGGAGGCCCACAAGUGACGAGGCCAUGCGGGCAGCAAGGUUCUUCCUAGAGGGUUUCAUCGAGAGGACCGACAGCCAGGAUCACAUUCUCCCCAAGAAUGACACCUUCUCCCCCUUCUCUGGGUUUUGCAGAGUUUUUCCCCAGUUCUCGAAGAAGAAAGACGGAGGCUCUGCCACUGACGGGGUUUCAAGGGCAGCUUUCAACAAGAUUUGUCUCGAGUACUUCGAGGAAGGGAUGAGAAAGCCGGCGAGGAACGGCAACCCUGGUGCUCUCGAGGCAAACCUUGCGCAGCAGAGAAGGCACUUCCUGAGGGGGCGCUGGAGGGAUCCCAGCAUUGCAAGGGACUUGGCUGAGCUGAAAAAGUUGUGGUCGAGCAUGACCCCAGAGCAAACGAAUGCCUCCAUCGCUCUUCUGGAAGACUUCUCCAGGUGGAAGCCUGGUCCAGCAGGGAGGGGAGGGGAGAGGCUCACGCGGAAACGUGGGAGUGAUUCGGAGGAUGAGAGUGAGGAUUCGUCAUCGUCGCACCCUACUCCUCCUGCUCCGAAGCUCUCGCGCACUGGGGACGUCCGGGGGGAUGCCCAGCACCUGGAAUUGCUGUGCAAAGUGGCCUUUGGAUCGUCGGAGGUGAGCUCCGAUAAGAAGCCUCCUCUUGUGCCGACGUCACUGGCAAACCCGAGCUUUCAACAUGAGGCUAACAAGGAUCUGUCAGAGGUACCUAAGAAGGUGGAGAAGCAUUCAUGGAAUGCCAAGAGUCAAGACUCUCCAUCCAACAGGUCUCCUUGUGUUCAGCCUAAGCUGGCGUGGCCGGUGAACGCUCCCUCUGCCCCUGCUGUCAAUACCUCGUCCUCCGCUCCUGCUCAAGCCAGCAAGCCUUACAAGCCGCCUGGCUCUGUCGCUUCUAUUCUUGAGACUCCUCCUCUUGUACCACAGCAUGUUCGCUCGGGUUACAACUUGGUGUCUGAUAUGAACCCUCUCUCGCUCGGCGAAUCGCACAAUCAGCGUGCGGAGUCUGUUUCUGCACCCUUUGCAAGCUUGUUCCGGUUGUCGGCAUGA